CAGCUGGACCCACAAACUUUCGCUCCAUCAAAUGAAAUUGUGACAUAUGUCCCAUUGCUUGUCACCUCAGAAACCCUAUCGUUUAAAUUCCUCAUUCCUCUACUUUACAGUUUUCUGCAAUUAGGGUUUUCGCUCCACAGCAGAUCAAAGCGAAAAUGCCGUCUCACAAGACCUUCAGGAUCAAGAAGAAGCUCGCGAAGAAGAUGAGGCAGAACAGGCCAAUCCCUCACUGGAUCCGCAUGAGAACCGACAACACAAUCAGAUACAACGCGAAGCGCAGGCACUGGCGUCGUACUAAACUCGGAUUUUGAGGUGCUGAGUGAUAGAGAGAAAGUUGUAAGUUCUGCUGUCGAGAUUUUUUUGUUUAUACGAUGGAACCUGCAGCCACCACUUUUGUGUGCACCGCGUAAAUCUAUCAGGCCUGCAUAUUAGUCCACAAAUUGCGCAUUCCAGGCAAGUUAAAGAAAAAUUAAUGUGUGAACUCAUGCCUCGAAAGGAAGAGAAUUGGCCAUUGAGACAUUUGAGUAUUGAGUUAAUCUACCUGGUAGCAGAGGAUUGUUAUUUUGUAGGGUUGUUUUGUCAAUAUCAAUGAUUUGGAGACAGGAUGGGUGGUGAGCACAAUUAACUUCUAUCUUGCAAAGAUGCCUAAAUACACAGGAUGGGUUUUGAGCACAA